GUGUGCCCUGGUUUCAGCAGUGGUGGACGUUCCACACACUCACAUGACUCUUUACAAACCCAGCAUUGUCAAGGCUUCCGUUUGUGUCACUCAGAUGAGUAAUGGCUGGUGGAAAUGAUUGAUCCCCGAGGUGAGCGCAGGGCAGGCUCUUAAUGAAAACUCACGCAGGCGGUGCUCCUUUCAUCCCUGCCUCUUCCCUCCCUAGCUUGUGACUGGAUGAGGGAGCGGAGCAGGGAGCCAGCGGAUGUCACAGAACCUCCGGUAGCAGGACAAGCCUGUGAUUUUCGUGGGGUUUAUUUCUGCUCUUGCUGGGAGCGGGAAAGACCAAAGGUACCAAUUGACAGAAAGGCUGCGCAGCUUGUCGCCUCAGCCAGUUGCGCACAGGAGCGCACUCAGCUUGGCUCUCGGUGCGGACAGUCGCCCUGCGGGACCGGGAGGACUGCACUGAGAACAGCGCUCCAGUUCCAGCAAGGAGGGUGAGGGCGCCCAGGCUCGGAGAGCAAGCUGUGGUUUUUCGGGCUGGACCCGAGAGGCACAGAGGGGACGCAGCUGAGUCCUCACUGUCCCUCCCGUGCAGCAGAAACUCUGCCCGCCGGUGGGAACCCCGAGAGAGGUUCGCCCUGCAGAGGACCUGGGAGAAGGCAGUCUCAGCGCCAGCGCGGCAGGGAGGUGUGGGAAGCUCUGCGACUCUCUGCGCUCUCCAAGGUGUGUACCACAGAGCUCUGGGAGCUCGGCUGGAAGAGGCUCAGAGCAACAGGUGCGACCCCAAGGCGCUGCUGGAGAGAGGGGACACCGCCGGCAAGGGAUUAGAACCAGUAAGGCGGAGAAGAGUCUCCACCUGCAGGUCGCCUGGACGAGUCCCACCCGCCCAGCUCGCGGACUGCUAGCAAUCCGAGUAGCCCAGACCGGUACCUCCUGUGUUCUGGAGCCUGCCGCCCACACAUGGGAAGGCUCAACUCCGUACUGGCAACACCACCCCCUCUCUAGCCAGGUCGGGCACAGAGGACAUUUCUACCAGGCACGGCCCGGGGCGCUGCCCCCCUGCUCUCUUGUCAGGUGCGGGAGAUUCUAGCUGGAGACAUCCACUCUCGCUGCUCUGUGCUGGACCACUCGGUGAUCCUCCGCUACCCCUCGAGCCGGCUUUCUCUGCCUGGCACGCCUUCCCAGCACGCUCCGUUGAGUAGACACCCAAGGGGUGUCCCAGUAAGUGAUGGAGCUGGCUACAUUGAACCUCAGCGAGGGGAACGGGAGCGAUCCAGAGCUUCCCACCGCGGAGUCCAGGCUGCUGUUAGGUAUCGGCGUGGAGAACUUCAUCACGCUGGUGGUGUUUGGCCUGAUUUUCGCGAUGGGCGUGCUGGGCAACAGCCUGGUGAUCACUGUGCUGGCGCGCAGCAAACCGGGUAAGCCGCGCAGCACCACCAACCUGUUCAUUCUCAACCUGAGCAUCGCAGACCUGGCCUACCUGCUCUUUUGCAUCCCCUUCCAGGCCACCGUGUACGCACUGCCCACCUGGGUGCUGGGCGCCUUCAUCUGCAAGUUUAUACACUACUUCUUCACUGUGUCCAUGCUCGUGAGCAUCUUCACCUUGGCCGCGAUGUCUGUGGACCGCUACGUGGCCAUUGUGCACUCGCGGCGCUCCUCCUCCCUCAGGGUGUCCCGCAAUGCGCUGCUGGGCGUGGGCUUCAUCUGGGCGCUGUCCAUUGCCAUGGCCUCGCCAGUGGCCUACCACCAGCGCCUCUUCCAUCGGGACAGCAACCAGACCUUCUGCUGGGAGCACUGGCCCAACCAGCUCCACAAGAAGGCUUAUGUGGUGUGCACUUUCAUCUUCGGCUACCUGCUGCCCUUACUGCUCAUCUGCUUUUGCUAUGCUAAGGUUCUUAAUCAUCUGCAUAAGAAGUUGAAGAACAUGUCAAAAAAGUCAGAAGCAUCCAAGAAAAAGACCGCACAGACUGUCCUGGUGGUGGUUGUGGUUUUUGGCAUAUCCUGGUUGCCCCAUCACGUCGUCCACCUCUGGGCUGAGUUCGGAGCGUUCCCGCUGACCCAAGCUUCCUUCUUCUUCAGGAUCACUGCCCACUGCCUGGCAUACAGCAACUCCUCGGUGAACCCCAUCAUAUACGCUUUUCUCUCGGAAAACUUCCGGAAGGCAUACAAGCAAGUGUUCAAGUGCCACAUUCGCAAGGAAUCACUCCCCAGUGAUACCAAAGAAAACAGGAGCCGAAUAGACACCCCGCCAUCCACCAACUGCACCCACGUGUGAAGGUUCACUGGGGCCUCCUGCCCCCCCAGCUCCUGUGUGGGUUAGAGAGAAGAAGAUAUGGUGAACUAUCAUGAAACAUGGCAGCUUGUUCUCCUGACAACAAUUCAUAUCAUUCUAACUACAUUCCAUGGCUGUUAAAGUAUUUUCUUUAGGAACUUCUGGGUCCACUGAAGAUUAUUUUCCAAUUUUGCUUCAUUUUAUAAUUGUAUUUUUGAAACAAAAGAAAAUUCUGUACAGUUUGUGUCUUUCAAGGAGUGAGAGUCCAAUAGCAUUCUACAAAUAUGUUCAGAUCUCCAUGGAAUAAGGCCAGUUCUGUAAAACAGUGAAGAAUAUUUGAAAUCUACAUUUUAAAGGCAGUUAAUUUAGGGGAAAAGUUCUUUUUUCCCUUUAGUUUUGAGAGGAGAGCCAAUAUUCUAUGCUGUGUGUUUUGAAAUACAGUUGUGGUGCAGAAUAAUGGAUUUUAUUUAAUUGAAACUUUGUGGACAGGCAUCUUUCCUAAGUGGGGCAGAGGGGGUGGGGUGGCUUUUCAAGUCUGUUCUUAUGGGUAGCCAGAGGUCUGUCUGGGAACAUGAGACCCAUUAAGUUCAUCUCAGGAGAACAGCAGUGCCUCUACUUUGAAACAGUCCUGUGAACUGAGAAGUUUAGGGUGAAUUAAGCAAUGCCCAGGGACUCUGCUGAGGACCACCGGUCUGGAAGAGGCACCAGAGGGUGAGUCCUGACAAAUGAAACUCUGUGCUGUGAGUGAAAACAAAGAAUCAUUUGGGAGAAUAUGUACACCUAGAGAAAUGCUGUCUUGCACAGACAUACUUUUUUUUUCAUUAAACUUGUCCCAACAAAUGUUUAAUGCUCAUUUUCCCUGAACGUUAUUCCCUGGGGUAAUGUUAAUUUAGAGUCAGAAUCCUUACCACUUGUCUGACAAGUAUGAUUUUCAUGACAAUUUCAUAUUUGUUUAUACUUGCCAUAGGAAAAUGCUGUGAAAACAUUACAUUGUCAUAUCUCAGAAAAAUAAUGAUUAGAUUUAAGACUCUGAUAUAUUUUAGGAGGUAGGAAACAAAAGCAAGACACAUUUUUUUUUUAAGCCAAAAAGGACAUUGUAUGCGUGCCAAAUCAGGGCUUCCUAUGAAGCGUGUAAUUUAGGUUAAAAAACAAACGUAAUGUAAGCUUUUGGCUUGUUAACUUUUCCAGCUCACCCAUUUAUUUUCAUGACUUAUCUCCCUGUAAACAGUGUUUACAUUUGCAAAGGCCUAAGUCAUUCUCUGGACGGAAAAAGGAAAACUGUUAAAAUCAUGGGAAAUGAUGACUUUUCAAUGGUUGCCAGGGAAGGGCGUGCAUACUGCAGUAGGUGUGUAUUUUAAAGAGAAUUGUAAGCCCUUUGCAUGGAUUUUGUUGUUGUUGUUUGUUUGGAGCAGAAGUAUUUUUGUCUUGAGAAAGAUACCUCAUGUGAUUUGUGGAACCCAAAGCUGCUGCUGUAGAUAUCGGCAUACCUUCUUCAUUCACACUGUCCACAGCGGGGCGUGGACAAACCUGUGUAUGAGAUUUUCUGUGCUGUGAUGAUUCCCUUGUUCUCUCAUGGUCAGAGGCAUCUUAGAUGCAUGUGUUUAACAAUAUUGUGGCUAAGGCAGAGCUUGUCCAGAAGGCAUGCUGGUAUGAGUGUUGGUGGCAUGUAUUCACACACCUGUGGCUCUGUCCUCCACAGAUAGCACAUCUAAAGGUCAGAGCUACCACAAGAAAGCGAUAACUUGCACCCCAAACCUCAAAUUUGCUAAAUAUUGGUUCGAAUUGCUCCUGAAACUGGAAGAUGCUUCCUGGGAACUGUCGUUCUAAUAAUUUUCUCUUAGCCUGGAGCUUGUGUGUAUUUCUAAAACAACUUAGGAUCCUGAUUGUAGCCUAUUUCCUGCAAAGACUCCUACUAAAUGGAGUGUUUGGGAAAGUGUCCCUAAGACCUGGGCCAGAUAAGUCACCCAGAUGAGUACAGGGAGAGUCCAUUAAUGUGCCAAACUUCUUCUAUUGUGGCCCUUCCUGGUAAGUGAUUAUUAAGAUCAGUUUGGAGGUACCUUCCAUCCUCCACUGGAUGCUGGUGACUUUCCCUCCAUCCCACACUGGACGAUGGCGACCUCCCUGAUACAGCAAGCAUAUUUCCUGCAGCCAGGAGGAAGAGGAAAUGUGUGGGUCUUUGAAGUCAGGUGGCUGCAAAGCUCUGCUUUUUAGGUUGUUUCACAGAAAAUUGAUGUUUUCUCUACAAGCUUUUCGGCUUCAGUGCUCUGAGGUAGCAGUUAUUUUGUGGGACCUUUCCUGGAGAAAUGGACUUGGGAAUAUUUAAAUAGCGGGAAGGCUUGCUAUUACACACACACACCAAUUCCAGCUUCCCACAGAGUAGUUCAGUCAGCAACAUUCCCAAGAGGUAUUGUAAUAGACUUGUUCUAUGCUAUUCUGAUCACAUAUGUAUUCAGCAGUGGAAGAGACUGAGGCUCCUUUUUGAAUAUUUUAGGCAAGUUAUUGUUGCUUUUGACUAAAUUGUUCUAUUUACGCAUUGAGAAUGGAAUAGUUUCCGGUCCCCCUUUGUCCAUCUUUUGUGCUUUUAUCCUCUUGUCUCAGCCUCUCUCAAUCCUACCUCUCCAGAAAUCCUUACUUGAUGGUUUUCACAGUUGUCCCACCUCCCCCGGAUGUGAGAGGUCAGAAGAGAGAGCUGGCUGCUAGGUUCGUGAGUCAUGCAGGGUCUGGAGCUGCUUAUGAUUCAGCUUCAAAUCGGGAUGGGUUGGGUCGCUGCUUUCCCCCACCUCUCAGGUGCACAGAGGUCCAGCUGUGAUAGUUCCCUUCUGUUGACUGAAACUCCAGGUCAGGAUGCUUCAGAUAGGAGAGGACCACCUGCCUAAGUACCUACUUCCUUCCAUACCAGGCUACAGAGUCCCUGAGCACCUCCAUGCUUUCGAUAAAACCUCAUUGUGUUUGUAAGAACAAUGGGUGUGUGGCUGCAUCAUGCUCUUGGCUUUAUGGGUUUGUUACCUACAUGUGUACAUAUCAUGAAGUGUGGGAACUAGAGAAAUGCGUGAAUGGGAUCAUUUCCUGGGGAAACUCAGCUGUCCAGCAUGUAUGUGCCAGUUCUCAUUUGUGCUGGUUGCAAAUCUUUCUCAUGUUUUCAAUCUGUAAGUGACUGUGUAGGGAAGUGAGUCAGAUCCUUGGCCAUUAAAGAGUUGCAUGCUGGGUUUCUUCUUGAUGACGUGUUGAUGAUCUGUCUAGUUAAUGCCUUGUUUCUUAUAUGACCAUACACAGCAGGUGUCCAAUGAGCCUCAUCAUUGCUGAUUGGCUUGCAAAUGGUAAUUGUACGUGGCUUAAAUUGACACCAUAUUUGAAUAUUUUGAAUAUUUUCCCUCUUAAGUGGAAAAGUUGAGGAUAAAGAACUGUUUAGAAGGCUUCACAUGUUGUGGAUAUGGGCUGCUUCUGUGUGAGGCUAGCAUGUGUCAAGUCACACAGUAGUCAAGGUGUUCUGUUGUUUUCUUGUGCACACGUUGUGCCUCUGAUUCUACCUGGUGGCUUUUCUUCUCAGUGUGAUGGCUCAGAGGCUGGUCUGUGGGUCUGAGGUAAUCCUGUCUAUGUGCUGAUGACAUGCGGAAGCAUUAGCAGGCCUGGACAUUUACUCCUUGAUGGUCUUGGUGGCUGGCUGUGUCCUGUCAGUCCUCGUGCUGGCCCCAUGAGCAUCCUGGGCUCUUAAGUGCUCUUCUGGGUACAGUGACAGUAGUAUGGCCACAGGAAUGAGUGAGGAGAGGGGAAGGGAAUGAGCUUUCCACCUCUACAUGCCCUGUAGAAAUGACUCCCUCUAGAUUUUCUGAACCUGCACAGUGCUGGCUGGGGCUGGCAGCCGCACGAGAGUCUAUCCUAUUGCUCAGGCUUAUGACAUCACCUUGGGUCUUUCUGCUGGAGAACAGACUUCUGGACAUUGCAGGCUAUACUAUGUAGCUUCAGAUUCUGAGGAAUUGGAGACAUCAAAGUAUUGAAAAGACUUUGAGUCUGGGCUCCACCAUGCUAGUCCUCUAGCAACUUGGAGUGUGGGAGUCAGUGUGAUGACCCCUGGUUGGCUGAGCUUUGAGUGCUGUAGGUCUCUUUGAGGUGCUGUCUACCACAGUACUGCAUUUCAAAAGCUUAGAUGCCGAUUAUGAAGGCUGGUUUAUUUACGUGGCAUCCGAUGCCCGUGGCUCUGCAAAGCGUUUUCUCCCUUAGCUUGUUUUGGGUAUUGGAACUGCUCAGCCACAUGGUGACAGAGGGGGAAUUGUGGGUAACUCUUCCCUGUAGCAGAGUCUCAGGCUGGGCCAGCCUUUCCAGGCACAGUUGACCCUGUGGUCCCCUGUCCUUGCGUCCUAAGAAGGAAGAGAUUUGCUAGUGACUGGAGUCAGUGCCAGUCCUGGACCUUCAGGGGGACUCAAGAAAUCAGGUUCCUGGAAUUGCUCAGGAUCUGUGGACGACAAGUGCACAAACCCUCGCUGAACUGUUCGGAAAACCCCAGGUGGGUCCCAGGGCUUGCUUCUGGGGGUUUCUGCACUUCUGGGGGUUUCUGCACUUCUGGGGAGUUCUCCAGGGGAGGACAGUGGGGAUGAGAUUGUCGGCCAAGCAGCUUCCCCUUCCUCGUUCUAUAGGUGACUUCUGGUUCAGCCAACCACAGGCAUCUGCGAACUAUUCCUCGAAAAGAGUGAACACAAGGCAUGUGCUGUUCACUGGCCUAUGUGAAUUUUUCUCAUCCUUCCUCACUCGCUGCCUCUCAAACGCCCCUUUGAUUGCCCUCUCCUGCUCUUUCCUUAGCUUCAGCCGUAGUGGCACACUUGGGGAGAUUCUGUCGGUGAGGAGGGGUAGCCAGAGCUUGGCCAUGCUUCCUAUACCCUCUGAGAACUUACUUCUGGUGUGUUGGGUGUGUGUUGUUACUUCUGAAAUGCCCUGACUCAGUGGCGGAGGUGUGCAAGCAGAAUGAGAGCCAUCUCAACUCCGGAGCUGGCCUCCCAGAUCAGUAUCAUUAGGGUCUCUUGGGCAAGUUCCACCACACUGUGCUCUGGAGGCCCCUGAACCCCCUGCCCUUCACCAGAUCCUCCUCUAUAGGAACACCCUAGCUGGUGACUGAGUCUCCACAGCCACUGUCAUAUUCUUCCUGGCAUGCCGCAAGACAAGAUGAGCUGUCGGUGCCUCAGACCCAGGGGAUAGCUGGCGACCUUGAGGAACCAGGGCGAUCUUGUUACAGAACUUGCCACCUCAGGUGUUACUGAUGAAUGAAGGAUGCCAAUUACAAACAGCCGAGGUUCAAGAAGGUAGAACUGGGAGGGGCUUCAUCUAACUAGACCGGAAGGAAUUACUGUGAACAAAUGGUGACUGGACAACAUUGUGAAAGCCACCCAGCGCUGACUAUGAGAGAGUCUGUGUGACUGAAGGCAAGCAGGGUUUUUUUUUUUUUUUUUAAUCUUCUUUUUUUGAUCCCAAAGGAUGCUGGUUAUAUGGAUGUAGCAAAGAAACCAGCUUCCACGAGCAAGCUUAAGGGCAGGCAGCAGCAUACAAGCUUCUUGGGUGUCUGUGUUCUGGGUCUCUCAGCUUCUCAGCCAGCGAGGAACCGGUUCUUUACGUGUGUGAGGGGAGUAAACAGUCUAGGUUUCAGAUUUUUUUUGCACAGAGCUAGCGUGGAUAAAAGAUUAAAGGCAACAGCUCCAGAAAUGAAGCCUAAUUAUAACACAGACGUAUUCAGAAGCUUUACGUGGGGGUUUGCAAGUGCUGUUUUCCGUGUUUUAACUUUCUAGUGACUAACUUUCUUAAGUCCUCACAUCAUGGGGAGACUGGGAAGCUGACGGAGAGAGCAAGCAUCCAGUUCUGUGUCUGUUGCUUGACAUCCCUGCAUUUCUCAAGUUCUGUCUGCCUGAGCCCCAGGGCCGUGAGCACUGGAGGGAGGAGCAUGGCUGGGAGGACUCCUUUGGGGUCUAAAUUCUUUUGGCAAGUUAUUCUUGGGGAUACCGUGUUAGAGAUCCUCAUCUGUAGUGGAAGGUUCUGGAAACUUGAGUUGAGACUUGGAGUCUCAAACUUGGAAUGAUGUGGGAAGUUCAGAGAGCCCUGCUCUCCCUUCCCUGGGAGCAGAGGGCCUGGGGUUUAAUGGAGGAGCCGAGGGACUCAGGAUGUGGGUGCCCCUCCAGCCUUAGCCUGUGGGUUGAUGGGAGCCAGGAUGAGUGCAUCUACAGCAUUGACUGCGGUGUUCAUGCUGGUGAUCCGAAGUCACAGGUCAAGAGCCGCCAACCGGCUUCUAGAUCAGAGGGUAAAGAACCCGGGCACUGGGGUGUCUGAUACAAGGCUUCCAUGUGUCCAGGGUUUAGAAAACUACUCACAAUGAUUGAUGGGCCUCUAAGGCCCAACUUAAUGGCUCUAGGGGAAAAUAAAGUUGACAUGGAAUUUAAAUCGCUUCAAAUUUCUACUGUUCAACUACUGGUAUUGAGGUAAUCGCAGAAACACAGGUUUCCAGAGCCUUGGGGACUGUAGAGAUUGUGACAGUUCUUCUCAAAAGAAGGAUUUCAUGGCAAGGGCAUGUCAAUUUCUUCCCCCCUCCCUUCACACCCCCCGCCCCCUGCAUCCUAACACAAAAGUUUAAAACAAUAUUCACAAUUGUUACAUAAGAAGUUUUGAAGUCAGUGUUUUAACUCACUGUUAAAUAUGUGCAUGUCUUUGCCUAUAUUAUUAUCUCCAAGAGAUAAACAUAAUAUUGCUGUGGUUCUCUGUAGUUAAAGCUUUUGGUUAAACAGGGAAAGUAAAGAAAAAAAAUCUAUGUAUGCUGUAAUUUGACUUUUACUAAUGAUAUUGCUUAAAUGCUGCUAUUAAACACUGGUGUGAGUUGCCUGAUGCCUGAUGCUGUUGUCCUUGUUCCUUAAGGAGCUGUCAAUCAAAUGUAUCUCAUAAUGACAACUCUAGCAUGAAUGCCAUUAGACUUACGAAGCAAAAACACCAAAAAUUCAGAGUCUGUAUCCCUGCACUUAAGCCAAAUAAGCCCUUCUGAGGUCUCUCCACCCUCAUGUUCUGCAUGGAAUCUACACUUCGUGAUUUGAACUGAUUUUCUUAAAUGAAAAUAAAAUUUGUUCUUUGAAAUGUC